GGUGGCCGGCGAGUAAGAAGGGCUUGUUCCUGGAGUGGAGAUGGCGGCCCUUGCUCCGCUCCCCCCGCUGCCCCCGCUGCCUCUACAGUUUAAGAGCAUACAGCAUCAUCUGAGGACGGCUCAGGAGCAUGACAAGCGGGACCCUGUGGUGGCCUAUUACUGUCGUUUGUAUGCGAUGCAAACGGGAAUGAAGAUUGACAGUAAAACUCCUGAAUGUCGUAAAUUUUUAUCAAAGCUAAUGGAUCAGUUAGAAGCUCUUAAGAAACAGUUGGGUGAUAAUGAAGCUGUUACUCAAGAAAUAGUUGGUUGUGCCCAUUUGGAGAAUUAUGCUUUGAAAAUGUUUUUGUAUGCAGAUAAUGAAGAUCGUGCUGGGCGAUUUCACAAAAACAUGAUCAAGUCCUUCUAUACUGCAAGUCUUUUAAUAGAUGUCAUAACAGUGUUUGGAGAACUCACUGAUGAAAAUGUGAAACACAGAAAGUAUGCAAGGUGGAAGGCAACAUAUAUUCACAAUUGUUUAAAGAAUGGAGAGACUCCUCAAGCAGGGCCUGUUGGGAUUGAAGAAGAUAAUGAUGUUGAGGAAAAUGAAGAUGCUGGAACUGCCUCUCUGCCCAGUCAGCCACCUCAGCCGUCAUCUUCAGCGUAUGACCCAAGCAACAUGCCAUCAAGCAGCUAUACUGGAAUACAGAUUCCUCCCGGUGCCCACGCUCCAGCUAAUACCCCAGCAGAAGUGCCUCAUAGCACAGGUGUAGCAAGUAACACUAUCCAGCCUACUCCACAGACUAUUCCGGCCAUUGAUCCUGCACUUUUCAAUACAGUUUCCCAGGUGAAUUUGUGGCUCACUCUGAAGAGGAGAAUGGAAUUGGGAAGGAGAUAUCCGACUAACACCAGAGGACUUUGCUAGAGCUCAGAAAUACUGCAAAUAUGCUGGCAGUGCUUUGCAGUAUGAAGAUGUCAGCACUGCAGUGCAGAAUCUACAGAAGGCCCUCAAGUUACUGACUACAGGCAGAGAAUGAAGCCUUUGUACAACAUCCAUGCAUUUUUGGCUUAAAGAACUAACAGUCCACUACUCUAUCUUCAGCCUAUCAGGAGCAUAUUUUAAGGAAGACUUCAGUUCCAUUGACUAUAACAAUGGAAUCUGUGUCUGUGUAUCAGAUUCCUGUUGAAGCAUUCAUCAGCAGCCUCAACCAGUUUUCAUUGUCCAUUUAGUGGAUUCAGUAGUCUCUGGGUAUGUAAGGCUGAUGUGAGCAAGGUCCUAAAAAUGCCCAUUUGAACCCUGCUUGUUCAAAAAAUGAGAACACACUUCUAUAAAUGUAUUGGGAAUUAGCUUUGUAUCUUAAUCUACGUAAAUUAAGGAAUUUUUUAAUCUAUAAUUUGGACAAACAGACCAUAUUACUUUGCUAUAAAAUUCUAAAUUUAACUUUUAAUAAAGAUUGCCAGAAUAUUCUAGAAAUGUUUUUGUUUUCCUCAGGACUUCUGAAACAGAUACGAACAUCCUAAACUGUUGAAUCUGAAAGAGAUUAUGUUCAAAUUUCAAUUUAUAUUCAUAUUAAAUAUAGCUACAUUAAAAGUUAAAAUGUUCAUGGAAGGAAAUGUAAUAAGGUAAAGAGGUAGAAUCAGUUUUAGACGUAAGAGUAAUGUUGGUUGCUCAACUGUUUUUCCUUAUUCAUUGAUGCUUAAGGUGAAUUGGUAUUUGCUUCCUAGGCAGUUUGACUGCAUGUGUUAGAGAAUGAAAACAAGACAUUUGUAAUAAUGCCUGGAAACUUGGUGCUUUGAGUUAAGGUUCUCCUCUGCUGCUAUGGAAUGGAUUCCAUAGAGUGAAUAGUUAUGAAUGAUGCAGAAGAUUAUAAAAACAUAGACUCUCAGUUGUUAAGUUUAUAAGUUAUGUGGGAAUUAUGGACUUCCUAUGUCACCUGCAUUUGUGCUGUUUAAAAAAUAAAUACAAGGAUUCUUUUAACUAAUUCAGUUUAUCACAGAGCCAAAUGUCUGUUUUGCAUGCUAAAAUUGUCACUUUUCUAAAGUCAUUAUUUUUAGUUAUAAGAAUAUAAAGAGAGAGAAAUUUGGCAGAUUUACCUAAAUUAUCUGGUCCAUUUCAUUCAUUCCACUAAUAUUGGGAAUCUUUUAACAUAGGGGUCAGCAAACUAUGGUCCAUGGGCUGGCCAUUUGUGUAAAUAAAGUUUUAUUGAAACCAAA